GGCGGGGCGGCGGCCGGAAGCCGGAAGCGCUGCCGGCGCAGGAGUCCAGCAUGGAAGAAUUUAAAGAUGCAAGUCCACCUGAAGAGCUGCUCAGUCACUUAAAGCUUUCUGACCAGAAAUCUGCAGAGACUGACCCCAGAGAUGCCCAGAACCCCCAGACCACUGGCAGUGGAUGUGCCCCAUCCCCAGGCCACGAUCCCCCAGCAGAUGAGUGUUUCCAUGACUGUCAGGACUCCUUUGAGGCCAAGGAAGCUGUGCUGGAUGAUGAAGGGAAUGUACAGAACGGUGGGAGCAGCUCGAGGAAGCAGACAGAACUGGAUGAAGAAUACUUGCUAGAACUAGAGAAAGAUAUGCCAGAGGAAGAGAAACAGAGAAGAAGAAAGGAGAGCACAAUGCUGAAGGAGAAAGGAAAUGAGCAGUUCAAGAAAGGAGAUUAUGGAGAGGCAGAAGACUCUUACACAAAGGCUCUGCAGAUUUGUCCAGCCUGCUUCCAGAAAGACAGGGCUGUUCUGUUUUCAAACAGAGCUGCUGCAAAAAUGAAACAGGACAAGACAGAAGCUGCCCUGAGUGACUGCACCAAAGCUGUGGAAUUAGACCCUCACUAUAUUAGAGCUUUGCUGAGGAGAGCAGAACUAUAUGAAAAAACAGAAAAACUAGAUGAAGCUCUGGAAGAUUAUAAGGCAAUCCUAGAAAAAGACCCAUCAGUUCAUCAAGCCAGAGAAGCUUGCAUGCGAUUACCAAGACAAAUUGAAGAGAGGAAUGAAAAAUUAAAGAAAGAAAUGUUGGGCAAACUGAAGGAUCUUGGGAAUUUGGUUCUCCGCCCCUUCGGCCUGUCAACAGAAAACUUCCAGAUAAAACAGGAUUCAUCAACUGGCUCAUACUCCAUCAACUUUGUUCAAAACCCUAACAACAACAGAUAACAUGGAUUCAGUCUGGCUCUGCCCGUGUUCUUGCACGUCCCAGCGACAGGACCCCAAACACCCUUCACCCUCCCCAGGGGGAGAUGAGACUCAGUAUAUUCAUUUUCCUGCUUGUGAAAUUAUUUGCAAUGUGGAUGUAAAGCAAGUCAUUUGACUUCUCGUAGUGAUAACUGUGUCCAGUGUGUGAUUUAUUCUUUUGUUAAACAUUUUUUUCCCUUCCCCUGCGGUGUUUGGCUCAUUCAAAAGGGAGGUUCCUUGUUUUGGCCCACUCAGUGCUGGCAACAGAAUUCUAGGAAGCAGUUCAGGUGAAUCCAAACACUCACCCAGCUGAGGCCAGGAACAAAGGCUCAUGGUGUCCUGGGAAUUAGGGAAUCCACUCAGCAGGUGGGUGUGACUGGCAGCACCAUGGACACAAGCUCUGGAAUCCUGGUUCUUUGUAAUAAAGGCUUGGUGGUGGUUUGGUUUGUGA